CUACAAAGGAAAUUGAUCUCGCGAGAUUUCUCGUAAACUUACAGAACCGGAAGGAGGUUGUGGGUCUUUUCGCUUUUGCUGCCAUCGCCGGAGCGGCAGAGGCCAAAAUGAAGUUCAAUCCCUUUGUGACUUCUGAUCGGAGCAAGAACCGUAAAAGGCAUUUUAAUGCACCUUCCCACAUUCGCAGGAAGAUUAUGUCUUCUCCUCUUUCCAAGGAGCUGAGACAAAAAUACAAUGUUCGAUCUAUGCCUAUCCGAAAAGAUGAUGAAGUUCAGGUUGUACGAGGACACUACAAAGGUCAGCAAAUUGGCAAAGUAGUCCAGGUUUACAGGAAGAAAUACGUCAUCUACAUUGAACGGGUGCAGCGGGAGAAGGCUAAUGGCACCACUGUCCAUGUGGGCAUUCACCCCAGCAAGGUGGUUAUCACUAGGCUAAAACUGGACAAAGACCGCAAAAAGAUCCUUGAACGUAAAGCCAAAUCUCGCCAAGUAGGAAAGGAAAAAGGCAAAUAUAAGGAAGAAACAAUUGAGAAGAUGCAGGAAUAAAAGAAUCUUUUGUACAGCUUCCAUUAAAAACUGCUAAAAUGAA